GCCCAUUUUCGUUGAUCUCUGAAUUGUUGAAAAUUGUGUUGGUGAAUUUCUUGGUUUAUCGGUGGAACACGGCGAGUUAACUCGGUGGACCUGAGUUCGAGUCUCGACGCGGGAAAAAAUAUCUUCGCUGGUUAAACACUUGCAGGUUUAUGAAGUAGUAUAAUAUGGUAUAAUAUUGUGGAAACGUUACAGAUAAUUCGAGAGAGUGAGUGUUGUUAAGCCCCACGUGUUUUAUACGAAUCUGUUCAAGACAAAUAAUAAAAUAUAACAAAUAUGUCGAUGAACGAUAACAUAGUUUCUCUUUGCACAAAAUGAAUCAUGUUUCUUUCUCUUUUGUUGUCAUGUCAGGAGUCAUGUGACGAUUACGGAUUGACAAGUGGGUGCCAAAUAGUGUAUUUAGGUUAGGUUUUCGAUGGUCGUUGGUGCGAUGCAAGGAUUGCCAUCAUUGUGUAUAUGCAAUUGAAAAGUCAGAGAAGUUACUCAAGGAACAGUGUAAAGUGUGAACAUUCUAAAAAAGAAAACAAAGCAAAACUUACUCUUUCGAAAUG